AUAUUCACGAGUUAAAUCGUGUUUCAUUCGUCAUUCGAUCCAAUCCUUGAGUGAUCCGACAACGAUCCGGUCUUACUUCACCAGUCACUAUUUACAACCGGACCUUAAUUCAAAACAAUUGUCUCGUUCGUGUUCAAUACUACUAGAGUAGCCAAACAUUUUAAAAUUUUUACACGUUUAGUAAAAUUACUUGAUUUGUCAUCGAUUUCAGUUGACGAAAAACAUUUUAUUACUUCAUUAAGAAUAAGCGAAGAAACUGAAUGAUGUUAAAAAACACAAUAUUAACUAUCAUGGUGUGCAGUUUACCUGCAGCAGUCUUAUGCGUAAGAUGUUAUCAGUGUGCAUCUUCGCAAAAUAUUAAGGAAGAUACUUGUGGGGCUUAUAAAAAGUUUGAUACAGACAGCCACAUAGCUGUGGAGUGCAACAGUGAUGAAUCUCACAUGCCUGGCUCGUUUUGUAUGAAACGAACUCACCAAGGCCCGAAAGGAUUCAUUUGGGAUGGGAGAUGGAGACAGGUGAUACGUCGGUGUGCCUCUGUAGCCGAGACCGGAGUAACUGGUGUAUGUAACUGGGGUGUAUAUGAUAAUGGAGUCUAUUGGGAAGACUGCUAUUGCUCAUCUGAUGAAUGUAACGGUACAAGUGGUAUGAAGUCAUCUUUGUUACCUGUAAUUUCAUUAAUAAUUUGCAUAUUGGUCUACUUUUCUUGAUCAAUAAAUUGUUUUUAAUAACAAAAAGAUCUACCAAACUUUAAUGUAUACAUAAAUGUGACUGCUGUGACUUUAAUGUAUUUUUAACAGAUUCCGGAUAUUUUUUCUUUUUAAUUAUUGUGAAUCUCAUGUAUUAGACAACUCAUUCCGUCCACUAAUUAUAAGAGAAAUUAUUGUUUAAGCACAUAAUUAAACCUAAUAUUUUUUUAUAAUGAAAGUUUAAGAAUUAUAAUAAAUAUAAUAUAAUAAAUAGUACAAAUUCCGUUCAAUCACUGCCUUUAUAUAUUACAAUGUAAUUUUUCGUUUUAAUUGCACCCAAGUUGUGCAGAAUAAUUUGUGUGCCUGUUGUUGAAUAGGAAUCCAAUAAGCAAAUAAUUAUAAACAUUUUUAAAUAAUAAUAAUUAAGCCUUUCAUUUCCAGAAAUGUAAUACAUUACUUGAUUAAGGUAAAAAAUUAGGUACGGGUAUGUAGUGUUAUUUUGUAUUAUGUCUCGCAAUUCGGCGUGCCAUAUGGCAUAGGCCUCCU